AUGGAUCAAUUUGGCCAGAGCAAGCAUCAAUUAGGUGCAGACUAUUCUAUCUCACAGAAAAUAAAAGAUGACUUUAUUAAUAAUGAAGGCUCACCUAAUGACAGUGAGGAUAUCUUAAUGAAAAAUCAGAAGGAUAGAUCUAUAUAUGCAAAGGAAGAUGGUUACCACAAGAAGAGACUAAAUAUCAGUGGAAAUGAUGAUACAAAAAAAAAUGAGGGAGAACAAGUUGGGGACAAAAGAAGAUUAAGUGAGGACAGUACAUCGAUAGAUAAAUUUAAGUCAGCUGCAAAUGAAAGAAAAAGAGGCCGUAAGGUUCACUCAAAUGUACAAAGUUAUGAAGUACCGAAUGAGUCGCAUCUGGUUCUACAAGAAUAUAAAGCCGACAUCGAAAUAGAAAGACCAGAUUUGAGAUUCCUGAAAGAAUCAGAUAAGGUACUCUUCAAAGAUGUAUUAACCACGGAAAACAAAUUUAACGAAGAGGAUAAGGAUACAAAACUAUCCACCGCUGAAAUAAAUGAAAGGAAUCUUAUUAAUCUUCUUCUAAAAAUUAAAAAUGGUAAUACAUCUGUAAGAAAAGUGUCAAUGAGAACAUUAUCCGAUAAAGCUGUUGAUUUUGGACCCAAGUUAAUUUUUGACAAAAUUUUACCAAUCUUAUUGGAUAGAUCCUUGGAAGACCAAGAAAGGAAUUUAAUGAUAAAAGUUAUUGAUCGUGUCAUGUAUCAAUUAGGAGACCAGAUACGUCCAUAUGCAAAAAAUAUUUUAAAAGUAAUCUCACCUCUAUUAAUUGAUGAAGAUAAAAUUACAAGAGCAACAGGUACUGAUAUCAUAUCUAAUUUAACUAAUGCGGUUGGUUUUAAUACAAUGAUUUUAACAAUUAGACCAGAUAUAGAGAAUGAGGAUGAAUAUAUCAGAAACAUUUCAUCAAGAGCACUGGCAAUAGUUGGUAAGGCGGUAGGUGUUUCCCAGCUAAUACCGUUUCUUCAUGCUGUAUGUCAUUCUAAAAAGGCUUGGAGAGCUAGACACACAGGUUCAAGAGUUAUCCAACACUUGUCGAUAUUAAUGGGUAUUGGUAUUUUGCCUUAUCUAAAUGAGUUAAUAAAGGCAAUGGAAAAUGGCUUAAAGGAUGAACACAUUAAUAUUAGAAUGGCCACUGCCAAUGCACUAACCUCCCUUGCACAACAAUGUUAUCCUUAUGGUAUAGAUUCAUUUAAUAUAGUUCUAGAACCAUUAUGGAAAGGUAUACGAUCGCACAAAGGAAAAAUUUUAGCGUCAUUUUUGAAGUGCUUGGCAUCAAUAAUCCCGUUAAUGGAUUCUGACUAUGCGUCUUAUUACAUGAGAGAAGUGAUGAGAAUUGUACAAAGAGAGUUCAGUUCACCCGAUGAAGAGAUGAAAAAGGCUGUAUUAUUAAUAUUACAAAAAUGUUCCCAGAUACCGAGUGUCACAACUGCAUAUUUAAAAGAAGAAAUUGCUCCUAAUUUUUUCAAACAAUUCUGGACAAGAAGAACAGCUUUAGAUAAGCAAUUAAAUAAGGCUGUUACUUUUACCACAGUAAAAUUGUCCACAAAAUUAGGUGGUGCAUAUACAAUUGAACACUUACUAAAACCAUUAAAAGAUGAAGCAGAGCCUUUUAGACUAAUGACAACACAUGCGGUAGAAAGAGUAGUAUCACAACUCGGUACCGAUGAUUUAUCAGACAGUCAAGAGAAUAGAUUAAUUGAUUCAUUGUUAAUUGCUUUCCAAGAACAGUCAAAUAAUAAUAAGAUAGUUAUUCAGUGUUUUGGAACUGUUGCUAAUUCAUUAAAUACCAGAAUGAAACCUUAUCUGGCACCUAUUGUCAGCGCAUUUUUGAAUAGCUUAAAAAAUAGAACUCCUUUUGUUCGUGAGAAUGCUGCUGAACUAUGUAAGUCUUUUAUUCCUGUUAUAAAAAACUGCAAUGAAGUCUCAAUGUUAAAUAAAUUGAAUGUCAUUCUAUUCGAAUCAUUAGGAGAAGUAUACCCAGAAGUAUUAGGUUCAAUUAUUGGUGCAAUGCACCAAAUAUGUGCGAACGUUCCAUUAGACAUAUUACAACCACCUAUAGGCCAAAUUCUACCAACGUUAACUCCAAUUCUGAGAAACAACCAUAAAAAAGUCCAAAUAAAUGCUAUAAAGUUUGUGGGCAUGGUAGCCGAAAUGAGCCCAGAAUCUGUUCCUCCAAAAGAAUGGAUGAGAAUCUGUUUUAUUUUGUUGGAAAUCUUGAGGAGUCCAAACAAGGCCAUUCGAAGAUCUACUAAUAACACAUUUGGGUUGAUUGCAAAAGCAAUUGGCCCAACUGACAUCCUAGCAACUCUUUUAGACAAUUUAAAGGUACAAGAACGUCAACUUCGUGUUUGUACUGCUGUUGCCAUUGGUAUAAUAGCUAAGGUAUGUGGUCCGUAUACCGUAAUACCAGUAUUAAUGAAUGAAUAUAAGACACCAGAAACAAAUGUUCAAAAUGGUAUUCUAAAGGCGAUGUCGUUUAUGUUUGAGUAUAUAGGUAAUGAUGCACGUGAUUAUAUAUAUUUGAUGUUACCAUUACUGGAAGAUGCACUAACAGAUAGAGAUUUAGUACACCGACAGACAGCCUCUGAAGUCAUAAGACAUAUGGCUUUAAAUUGUGAUGUUCAUGGUUAUGAGGAUGCUUUUAUUCAUCUAUUGAAUUUGUUAAUGCCAAAUAUAUAUGAAACUUCACCGCAUGUUAUAAUUCGUAUACUUGAUGCUCUAGAAUCAUUAAAUGUUGCAUUGGGACCUGGUGUCUUCAUGAAUUAUGUUUGGGCUGGUUUAUUUCAUCCUGCAAAGAAGGUAAGGAAUGCUUUUUGGAAAUUACAUAACAAGUGUUAUAUUCAGAAAGCCGAUUCAUUAGUCCCUUAUUACCCGAGAAAAACUUUGGAUAUAGAAGAGUUUGACAUUGUCCUAUAG